AUGAUGCGAAAAUCCCAGGCGUCUUCGAUGCAGAAGACGUACGACGAAUGCUACCUCAUUUGCUCCACGGCCAUCUACUUCGAAGGGCAGAAUAAUGAACCUGAAGCCCUCCGCGCCUGGCGCAAUGCCCUGGACCAGAUCUACUACCACAAUGCCUACAAGAUGCCCUCGAGCUGGGCUCCGCGGAGCGAGACAGAAAAGGCUUUGUGGGAUUCUUUACGGGCAAUGGAACUCCAAUGCAAAGAGCGUGUAGACUUGCUGGAAGCUUUGAGAAAGAGUCGACUGGAGGCAGACGAAGAGGCAAAGGCGAACGGCAGCGGCCCUUCCAAGAGCAGAGAGUCUUUGGCUUCGAUGCAGCAACCCACGUCUGACGGUCGAACCUCCUCUACCACCUCCUGGCUGGGCAAUGACACUGUACCGCAAGCGACGUAUGCGGACAUACCACGGCCGCAGCCGAUCACUCAAAUGCGACCAACUCCUCCCCCUCGCCCAUCGUACGUCAGUAAGAAGAGUUCCGGUGAUGUGCCGCGCACGAGGAGCCUGCAAAACAACAAUUCCUCGACCAGUCUGGUACCUCCUGCAGCUGAGAGUGGACGCACUCGGACCCCAAGUCCGGAAAAGAAGCAAGGAGGUAUGUUGAAGACACUGCGAAAGGACAAGCCGCCGUCAGGUGGAAAGAUCGCCAACACGACUUUGCGAACACGCCCACCGCCUGCAGCCGCAAAGGCAGCAACGCAAGUAUGGGCCGUGCCUCAACAAAGACCGUCUCUACCAUCGAACGGUAGCAGCAAUAUGGCCAGUGGCUCCACGCAACAGAACUCGACCUGGGAUCCCUACAUACGAUCUCUGGUAGACAGACAGCAACUGACGCCGCAGCCGGAUAUGCGGCGAAGAUCGGACAUCGUACAACCUCCAAGUCCUUCAGAAUAUAUGCAGCCUAGGAACAGCAUGAGCUUUUUCGAAGACUCAAGGCCGACAGGGUACCCACCUCCAUACCCAGACUACCCCGUCAUGAAUCCGUAUGCUCAACAAGCUUUCAACCACAGCGACGACUCAGUCGAGACUGCAAGACCUCCUCCACCCAUGUCAGCACCACCUCCACCGCCACCUCCCCACAUGAGUACUCCUCCUCCGCCGUUACCUACUGAGAAGCCAUCACCCGCUCCUGCUUCACUAGCAUCUCUGGGACCGACCUCGAUUUCCUACAUGAAAGAGUAUCCAAAUCACCCACCAAGCAGAUUUAAGAAGCCGCCUCCUCCGAUCCCUACAAAGCCGAGUGAGCGUACUUCAGACUCUGAUGGACCAUCUAGGGCGUCGCCGAAGACUGUACAAGCGAAGACGAGUCCUGCCAUCCCUCGCAAAGCUGUCACCAGAGCAGUAGGGGUCACGAGUGCAACAGUCGAGAGGCAGAAGCUCGAUAACACUCAAUCUCAGCUCAAAGACCGUGUGGGAGGCGAUCCCCAAGCAAGUCGAAGCGACUAUCUCAGCAGUAGCCCAGAUCACGCCCCACGCAAGCCAACUUCAAAGCGAAAGAUCGAAGGCAAACCGGUCCCAGCACGAGCCAUGACUCCCCCCACGACCGACGACUCGCCCGACUCUGACUAUGCCGAUUCGCCGACCGAGCAGCAGCAGUGGGAGCAGCGCGUGAAGAAGAUUAUGAAGAAGCUUCCAAAAGGUGUAGACGAGCAAGCGGCGAAACAGAUAUUCAACGACAUCGUGAUCCAGGGAGAUGAGGUACAUUGGGACGAUGUUGCCGGACUGGAGAUUGCAAAAUCGGCGCUGAAAGAGACGGUCGUGUAUCCUUUCCUUCGCCCGGACCUGUUCAUGGGGUUGAGAGAGCCAGCGAGAGGCAUGCUACUGUUCGGACCUCCAGGGACAGGCAAGACGAUGUUGGCACGAGCUGUGGCGACAGAAAGCAAGAGCAUCUUCUUUGCCAUCUCGGCUAGUAGCCUGACGAGCAAAUUCCUCGGAGAGAGCGAGAAGUUGGUCAGAGCCUUAUUCGCCCUGGCUAAAGAGCUGGCACCUUCGAUCAUCUUCGUCGACGAAAUCGACUCUCUGCUCGGAGCUCGAGGAGGUGGAUCAGAACACGAAGCGACCCGACGCAUCAAGACGGAGUUCUUGAUCCAAUGGAGUGACCUCCAGAAAGCCGCCGCUGGCAGGGACAAUGGCGAUGGCGAUGCUACACGCGUCCUGGUCCUCGCCGCGACAAACUUACCCUGGGCGAUCGACGAGGCAGCGAGACGACGAUUCGUGCGGCGACAAUACAUCCCUCUCCCCGAAGACUUUGUCCGCGAGCAGCAACUACGAACACUACUCAGCGCGCAGAAACACUCGCUCAAAGAUCGUGAUCUGAAAGUUCUCGUCAAGCUUACCGAUGGCUUCUCCGGCUCCGACAUCACCGCCCUCGCCAAAGACGCCGCCAUGGGUCCUCUGCGCUCGCUUGGCGAACGCCUGCUGCACAUGUCCCCCGACGAGAUCCGACCCAUUGGCAUCCAGGACUUUGAAGCGAGUCUCGUCAAUAUUCGACCGAGUGUGAGCAAACAGGGCCUGAAGGAAUUCGAGGAUUGGGCAAGGGAGUUUGGGGAGAGGGGUGGUUGA